CCACGGUUCUCAUUUGCAGAACUGAAGGAGGACUACCUGCAGAACAAGACAUUUUCCACCUCUCAAGUGGUGGAAUACAGAUGUCGUCCAGGCUACAUGAGGAAUGUCAAGGCCCGGACCACUUACAUUUGUGAUAAGGACAGCUGGAAAGGAAUGGCCGACUUCUGCUUACCAAAGCACUGCAGUUACCCUGGAGAGCCAACCAAUGGCAGGCUUGUGGAAGUAGAGCAGUUCACCUUUGGGUCCAUCGCGAACUACUCCUGUGACACUGGGUACAGACUGGUUGGCAAUUCCCAGAUUAGGUGUGUGAUUAAAGAUGGACAUGUUGGUUGGGAUGGAGACGUUCCCAUCUGUGACCCAAUUCCAUGUUUGCCCCCUCCAAAAAUAGCUAAUGGAGAUCACAACGGAGGUGACGUCGCGCUCUUCACUUAUGGAGCUUCUGUCACCUACCGCUGCCACGCUGACAGCAGGGGGAGGAAGCAUUUCUCCAUGGUGGGGGAUGCCUCUAUUUUCUGUACGACCAACGACAAUGUGAAUGGUGUCUGGAACAAGCCAGCCCCGGAGUGCAAAGUGGUGAGCUGCAGGGAGCCCCAGGUGGAGCACGGCAGGCUGCAGAGCAGGUACAGAGCUGAGUACAACUAUGGUGACACCGUCGUCUUCGACUGUGAUUUCCGUUACGUGCUGCUGGGCAGUGACACAACCAUGUGCCAGGAGGAUGGCAGCUGGGACCCCCCACUGCCACAAUGCCAGCGCAGCAGCUGUGAUGACCCUCCUGACGUGCAGAAUGCUAUUAAAGCAAGACUUGCUGGCAAUUUAUUUCCCGUUGAGACUGUCAUCACUUAUGAGUGCCAGACGGGCUACGAGUUCAGCCCUGGAGUAGUGAUGCAAAACAUCAGUUGUCUGCCAGACUAUACAUGGACUGAAAUUCCACCACCCUGUGAAAGAAUUAGUUGCCCGAAUCCAGCUACCAAGAGGGGAAUGCACAUAAGCUCCUGGGGCAAGAAAGACACGUAUGUGGUGGGAGACAUAAUCCGAAUUUUUUGUGACUCUGGCUAUGUUCUCAAGGAUAGUGAUGGUUAUGUCGUGCUUCAGUGUACGAACGACGGCACAUGGAACCGGGCAGCACCGGAGUGCAUUCCAGAACCUCGUUGCCCAAAGCCUGUCAUUGACCACGGAAGAGAGGUUUAUAAGAGCAAAAAUGAUUACACAGUUGGGACUCAAGUGAAGAUAGAGUGUGAUGAAGGCUACAUGAUCAGUAUCCAAGAGUCGGUCACGUGCCGGGCUGAUGGGAACUGGUUUCCCACAUUACCCUACUGCCAGCAAGCCUGCGGCCCUCCCCCGCAAAUCACCCAUGGGCUGGACAUCAACCUCACGUCAUCAUUCUUCCCCUAUGGCUACAGAAUGAAAUAUGAUUGUGCUGCGGGGCUGUCCCUCAUCGGGGAUGAAUCCAUUUAUUGCACCUCUGAAGAUGGAGUGAACCUGGAAUGGAGCGGCCCUGCCCCGGAGUGCAGGGCGGUUCGCUGCCCCAAGCCCGUGGUUGAGAAUGGAGAGAUGGUUACACCACAGCACACGUUCCCCUAUGGGACAUCCGUGCGCUUCUCCUGCCAUGAGGGCUUUGCACUGCAUGGCAAUGCUGAGAGUCGCUGCGUGGCUGAUGGCAGCUGGCAGCCAGCCCUGCCUGAAUGCCAGCCAGUUAAGUGUCGUGCACCAAAGAGCAAGGAGAACCUACAGAUUUUCUCUGACAGGGAGGAGUACGAGUUUAAUGAAACUCUGUACUUCUCCUGCAAGCAGAGCAGCAAUCUGGGAGAGAUGUCGUUAAGCACCUGCUCUACUGGUGGCUCUUGGAUGCCACCACUCAACUGUAAAACAUUUCACACGUGCAAGAAGAUUUGUCAAAUCCGGGAAACUUUUGAGUGCGGAGUUCCUCUGGCAGAGCUGAGAACUUUGCUGGAAGUACAGAAACUCUACCUGGAGAUCCAGAAGCUGGAGAAGGAUCUGGGAGGCAGAGGAGAUUUUUGCAGUCCUGUGGCACAGCCGCUGCUCGCCAUGCAGCUGCUCCUGCACUGGAUGGGGCCGUUGCUGGCACUGCUGCUGCUGCAGCCAGCGGGGAGCCUGGAGGUGCAGUGCCCGGUCCCAACCAUCCCUCAUGGGUGGCUGAAUCCUGCACAGAAGAAUCUCAGUGCUGGGAGCACAGCCGUGCUUGAAUGUGAAGCUGGCUACGUCCCCGUGGGCAGCAGCAGCGUGAGGUGUCUGAGCAGUGGCAGAUUGCAGCCACGGGCACCAGCAUGCACCCGAGGUCGCUGUCCUUCCCCUCCUGCUGUUGACUUCGCCGACCGCAGACCUCCAUACGAGCUCCUGGUGGGUUCCACCAUCACCUACUUCUGCAGACAUGGGUACACGUUGAUCCCUGGCGUAUCUCCAACAACAACGUGUCUCAAAAAUUUCACCUGGUCCGCGAUCCCAGCGCUUUGCCAGAUGGUGCAGUGCCCGAGCCCAGCCAUCAUCAACGGGAGGGAGACGAGUGCAAAGCAAGAGAAGUACAGUGUUGGACAGCAGGUGGAGUUCCAAUGCAACCCGGGCUACACGUUGUGGGGCAGCCAGAGGACUCAAUGCUGGUCGGAUGGGACGUGGAAACCCCCGGUGCCAUACUGCGAUAAAGUCUGCGUCCCCCCUCCGCUGAUCACCAAUGGGCAGCACUCCGGCUUGAGAACAGAACUCUUUCCCUACGGUACAGAGGUGAAGUACAGCUGUGCUGCAGGGCUGUCCCUCAUUGGGGAUGAGUCCAUCUACUGCACCUCUGAAGAUGGGGUGAACCUGACAUGGAGCGGACCUGCCCCAGUGUGCAGAGUCGUGCGCUGCCCCAGGCCCGUGGUUGCCCAGGGAAGGAUGGAUGUGUCAUGGCACACGUUCUCCUAUGGGACAUCCGUGCGCUUCUCCUGCAACGAGGGCUUUGUGCUGCAUGGCAAUGCUGAGAGUCGCUGCGUGGCUGAUGGCAGCUGGCAGCCAGCCCUGCCCGAAUGCCAGCCAGUUCUGUGUCCCAAACCACAAGUUGCCAAUGGAAAGCUGACAAGCACUGAUCAGGCGUGGUACCCAAUAAACACAACGGUCACAUUUGUGUGCCACGAGGGAUAUCACCACUUCUCAGGUGAUGGAGAAGCCGCAUUAAAAGACUCUUGGACAGCCACCUGCUUGGCUGAUGGCAACUGGACACCAUUGCCCAAGUGUAAGAAGGAAGGUGAUGCUGAUGUGUGUGGAGAGGUUGCUUAUAUUCAGAGCAUCAUCUCUGACUGCCACGUGCCGACAGAGGAUGUGAAAACUCUGCUGGAAAUACAAAAACUCUUCCUGGAGAUUCAAAAACUGAAAAUGGAAUUGCAAGGACUGGAGCACAUCCUGGUGACCUACACGUGUCUGCACGGUGCUAUCAGGAUCCCUGGGGUGUUGGAUACGGUGCAGUGUCUGCCUGACUCACGCUGGUUGGAGCUGCGUGAUCCCUGUGGCCUGAGCUGCACUACACCGACCACACUGCACUUUGCUGCCCUGUCCGAGGCGGACGAGAUGACCAAUUUCUACCCUGUUGGGUUCACUGUGAGCUACGUCUGCCGCCCUGGUUAUGAGAACAUCUCAGAAAGCCAACCCACCAGCACCUGCCUUGAGAGCCUGAUGUGGUCAGAGGUCCCAGAGUUAUGCCAGAGUACCAACUCCACGGGAGGAAUUUCAUCCAGUGUUGGCUUAAAGGAGACGACGUUGAGUGGAGUAAACUUCCAACCUGUGAAUGUGAGCAGUGGAAGCCCUGAGAUUUCUAGGGCUGAAGAGCCAGGGCACAGCAAGCUGAGCACAGGGAGCACUGGCAGCCCAUCUUUACCUGUUCAGAUCUCUUCAGAUAUCUUAGCUGGGUUCAGAAGAAGCAUUUCACAUUCAUUAUUCCUGAGGCUUUCAGUAAUGCUGAUCUUGGCUUUCUGUCAUGCAGUAAUCACCUGCUCUUCACCUCCUCGGAUCAGCAAUGGGAGGCACGAUGGUGAAGGUGUAGAAAAGUUUCCUUACAACUCAACAGUGACCUACAGCUGUGACUCUGGCUUCCAACUCAUUGGGAAUGUGAGCAUCCGUUGUACGAGAGCAGACAGUGCAAGAGGGGUCUGGAGUGGAGCAGUGCCCCAAUGUAAAGAGAAAAGCCCACCUGUCAAACUUGCAGUAAAACCCAUGGGAAGGAGUCCUCCUCCCCAGAGUUCCCAGAGACGUGACCUCAAACCACCCAAGAAGACUUUCACAAUGGAAAUGAAAAUGAGCCUCUAUAAGAAGUCACUCCAAAACACCAACUCCUUUUCUUCCUCUUCUUCAUUCUCCAGGAAACCAGGUGAGCCCAGCGCAGCCCAUAGAGCUCAGAGUUCAUUCGUGGCACCUAUGGCUUGUUCCCUUUCCAUAUCCACAGCCCUCAUUCCUUCCCAUGUUUCUCCUCCAUGGCAGGGAGCUGUGCUACCUCAGCUCUCAAAUUCAUCCUUCGCGCUGCGCUCCUUCGCGCUGCGCUCCUUCGCGCUGCGCUCCUUCGCGCUGCGCUCCUUCGCGCUGCGCUCCUUCGCGCGCCUCGGUGACUGUGGGCCGCUGCCCAGCCUCAGCAGGGCAGAGCCCCCGGAGGACAUCCGGCACAAGGACAGCUUCCCCGUGGGCUCCAAAGUAACGUACAGAUGCCUCCAGAAUUUAUCGAAAAUCCCAUCUCGGUUGGAUACAAUAAUGUGCCUUAAUAACUCCUUAUGGUCCAACCUGCAGGAGUUCUGUGACCGCAGCUGCCAGAGCCCUCCCCAAGUGGCUUUUGCCAAACUAUCAGAAGAAGAUGAAAUGAAGAAUUUUUAUGCUGUUGGGAUCACUGUGAGCUACGACUGCAACCCAGGCUAUGAGAACAGCACUGCUGAACUCCCCACCAGCACCUGCCCAGUGCUGAGCAGAGCCGUGCUGCUGGGCUGCUCGCGGCAUCGCGCAUCGGAGCAUCCAGGGAUGGCCGUGGGAACGGCGCUGCUGUGGCUCGGCGCUGCGCUGCUGGCGUUGCCCGGAGCGUGCGGUGAUUGCCCGGAACCGCCGAGGUUCGUUUUUGCGGAGCCCCCCGGUCCUACCAACUCUUCGUACCCCGUUGGGGAGGUGCUGAAGUACCGCUGCCGUCCGGGAUACAUGAGAGAUGUCAGCAAGUCCCAUCACGUCACCUGCCUGCCCAACUCCACCUGGGCGUCAGACCCCGAUUUCUGCAUCGGAAAGUUGUGUGAACUGCCAGAAAUACCGAAUGGUGACUUCCACUUCAGCACCAACCUCCAGUUUGGAGCUACGAUAAAUUUCACCUGCAGGACUGGGUACCGUUUAGUUGGGAAUCCGACUGCACAAUGCAUUCUGAAUGGCAAUGAUGUUGAUUGGGAUCAUGUUCCACACUGUGAAGUUAUUCCCUGUCAGCCACCCCCUGCCAUUGAGAAUGGACAGCAAAGUGGUGUGCACACAGAGUACAUCUUUGGGGUAGCUGUAACCUACAGCUGCAAAAAUGGGUUUUCUCUCAUUGGAAACGCCACAAUUCACUGUACAUCAGAUGAGAAAUUCAAUGGGAUAUGGAGCGGUCCAGCCCCAGAAUGCAAAGUGGUGAGAUGUGAAAAGCCAGAAGUGGAAAAUGGGAAGACUUUAAAUAGCUUUGCCACUGAGUACACGUAUGGAGAAAAAGUGAGCUUUGAGUGUGCUCCUGGGCACGCUUUGAGCGGCGCUCAGACGGUUACCUGUGAUGCAGACAGUGCCUGGAAGCCACCUCUGCCAACCUGUGACCCACGAUACUGUGGCCCUCCUCCCAGCAUCCCUUCUGCUGAGUUAACAGGGGCUGCAAGCAGCAGCUCCUUGGCUGGAACGAAGCUGACAUACCAGUGUCAGCCAGGUUUCACCACGGAGAAUGGGAAGACCCUGGAAGUCACCUGUCUGCUGGACAUGACCUGGUCUGCAGGCUCUGCGCUGUGCACACGUCAGCAAUGCACUGCACCCACAAUACAGAAUGGGAUUGUGAAUGAGGACAGUUUCCUGUUUGGGGCAACUGUGACCUUCUCCUGCAACGCUGAGUACGAAUUAAAGGGAUCAUCUUCUGCCAAAUGCGUGGCAGUGGGGAAUGGAGUUGAAUGGGACGUGGAUCUCCCAUCCUGUGAAAGAAAGCACUCUGGUAUUCUCUGUGAACAGCCCCCCAGCAUCGGCAAUGGGGUUCACAAUGGCACAGAGGUCACAGACUUCCCCCAGGGCUCCGUUGUGGUUUAUUCCUGUAACGAUGGCUUCAUCCUGGCUGGAGGCAGCACCAUUCAGUGCCUAGCAAAGGCUCAGGACCGUGGAGUCUGGAGCACACCCACUCCUGAGUGCAGAGAUGGAGCGAGCAGCAUCAUUGUUGGAAUCCUGCCCCUCCUCCUGGCAAUCCCCUCAUGCCUUCUCUGUCACGGAUACCCCGUGUCCCAAAGCAGGUCCCAAGGGCCCAUCCUCCCUUGCAUGAGCAUGAGCAGAAGGUCACUGGGGCUGCACAGCCCAGGCUGGUGGCUGCCCACACCCUGUGCAGGAGCCCACAGGUUCCUGUCCCCCAGCCCUGGGAAACCCCACAGCUGUGAUCCUUCCUCAAGCAUGGGGAACCAGGACCCCCAUAUCUGUAUCGCAUCCCCUGAGAUUUGCAGUCUGCACUGGGACCAGAGUAUGGUGCUCACCUUCACCCUCAGCAUCCUGGGCUGCUCCGCUCUGCUCCUGGCUGCUGUGAGUGGGCAGCAAGUCAGACAGCGCCGAUGCCCAGUGCCACACAUUGAGAAUGGGAGGAGUGCUCCUUUUCACUACAUCUAUCGGCCCGGGGACUUAGUAAAACUCAGCUGCAACACAGGCUACACCUUGCAAGGCUCCCACACGAGUAUCUGCCAAGCUGACUUCAGCUGGAACCCACCUUUACCGGCAUGCAAAAAGGAGGUGAUGUGUCCUCAGCCACCGAACAUCGCCAAUGGGCUGCACAGCGGCCAAUCCAUGAACAAAUUUCUCCCAGGAGCAAUUGUGUACUACAGCUGUAAGGAUAACUUUGAGCUGGUGGGGAACGUCUCCAUCAGCUGCUCAGCAGUCGGGCACUGGAACCGGCCCCUGCCCCGCUGCAAAGCCAUCGGCUGCCAGAGACCCACGGUGCACAACGGGAAGGUGCAGGCACUGAAGGACACCUUCGAGGCUGGGGAAAUGCUGCAGUUUGACUGUGAUGCUGGGUAUGCUGCAGAGGGCAGCCAUCAGGCUUGGUGCCAGCCUGGGGGGAGCUGGGACCCACCAGUGCUCAGCUGUGAGCGGGUUCGUCCUUGCCCCAGGCCUCCAAAGAUCAGCAAUGGAGAUCAUGAUGGCCAUGGCAAAGCAGAGUUCACCAUGGGGACGUACGUGACGUACACUUGCAAUCGCGGCUACUACUUGGCUGGGAACGUUGAACGUGUGUAUUGCAAAGCAUCGGGGAAAUGGAGCCAGCCCAGCCCACACUGUGAAGAAGUGACGUGUCCUCAGCCACCGAACAUCGCCAAUGGGCUGCACAGCAGCCGUUCCUCUACCAGGUUCCCGCAUGGCACCGUUGUGUACUAUAGCUGCAAGGAUGGCUUUGAACUGGUGGGGAACGUCUCCAUCAGCUGCUCAGAAGUUGGGCACUGGAACCGGCCCCUGCCUCGCUGCCAAGCCAUCGGCUGCCAGAGUCCCACAGUGCGCAAUGGGAAGGUGCAGGCACCGAAAAACACCUAUGAGGCUGGGGAAAUGCUGCGGUUUGACUGUGAUGCUGGGUAUGCUGCAGAGGGCAGCCAUCGGGCUCGGUGCCAGCCUGGGGGGAGCUGGGACCCACCAGUGCUCAGCUGUGAGCAGGUUCGUCCUUGCCCCAUGCCUCCAAAAAUCAGAAAUGGAGAUCACAACCGGCACAGUGAAGGCUUUUUUACCACGGGAAUGUCUGUGUCAUACACCUGUGAUCCCAGCUUCUACCUGGUUGGGAAUGCACACGUGGUUUGCAGAGCAUCAGGGACCUGGAGCCAGCCCAGCCCACGCUGUGAAGCAACCAUCUGCUUAAAGCCAGAUAUACAGGAUGGGUGGGUAGUUGAUGAUCAUGGACUCAUCUAUGCACCGGGGCAAAUGGUGACGUUUCAGUGCCAGGAAGGCUACAGCUUGCGGGGCAGUGCCCAAACCCUGUGCCAGGAUAACGGCAGCUGGGACCCCCCAGUUCCCCUCUGUGAUCCACUCCAGAGCUCCUUGCUGCCCAGAAGGUCUGAGAGUUCAGGUAAUGAUGCUGGAGCUGCCUGGGGUGGGUGGCUGCUUGCUGCCUUAGCCCAGCUGUUAAAUAAUGUGUUAAAUCCUGUAAGAAAGCAGAAGAUUUAUAGUUGUUCUCUCUCUGCUUUCACCCAGUGCUCUGUCCUGCCUAACUCUGCCUGUUUUCUCUUGGUAGGUGGCUGUGGGGUUCCCACCAGGCUGACCUUUGCUGAGCUCAAUGAGGAGCACAGAAAUGAGAUUGAUUUCUCUGUUGGAAAGACAGUGGGAUACACUUGUCAGCCCGGAUUUGCUAAGCACCCAGGAAUGUCACCCACUAUUACAUGCCUGCAGAGCGGAGUGUGGUCAGAAGCACUCGAGUUCUGUAAAAGGAAACAAUGCAAUCACCCCGGGGAACCCGAGAAUGGCCGGAUUACAGCCCUGGCAGACCUCUUCUUUGGGUCAACAGUGGUCUACAGCUGUGAAGAAGGGUACAGGCUGAUUGGGAAGUCCAGCCGGAGAUGUGAGAUCUAUGGGGGACGCGUUGCUUGGUCCGGUGACAUUCCCACCUGCCAGCGUAUCCCCUGUGAGCCCCCCCCCAGCAUUCCCCAUGGGAAGCACACGGGGCGGCUGCUGGAUGAAUUCCACUACGGCACCUCGGUCACCUACAGCUGUGAGCCCGGAUACCCAAUGCAUGGGAAUGCUUCCAUCUUCUGCACCACCCAAGAUGGGAAAAACGGGGUGUGGAGUGGGCCCCCCCCACUGUGUGGAGAAGCAGGAUGCUCUGCCCCGCAGAUCCAGAAUGGGAGGAUAGUGCCAACUCCUCGGAGCACCUACGCACACAAGGACACUGUCACCUUUGAGUGCGAGCCAGGCUACAUCAUCCGUGGCCCCAGAGUGGUGCAGUGCCAGCAGAACAACACUUGGCAGCCCCCGGUGCCCAUCUGCGAGCAGGCUGGCUGCAGGGCACCCCCCAGGCUGGCGUUUGCUGAGCUGAAGGAGCCCUACAGGAACCAGACUGCCUUCCCUGUGGGUGGGACCGUGGAGUACGUGUGCCAGCCCGGCUAUGCCCGGCAUGUGGGGAUGUCACCAACCAUCACGUGCCUCAGGAAUCAGAGCUGGUCUGUGGCACUGGAGUUCUGCAAAAGGAAGCAAUGUGCAAACCCUGACGACCCACAGAAUGGAAGAGCCGUGGUCCUGACUGACCUCCUCCUUGGUUCCAAAGUGAAUUACACGUGUGACAAGGGAUACAAGCUGAACGGGCGUUCGCAGAGGACAUGCGAGGUCUCUGGCACACGCGUUGCAUGGAGCGGGGAUGCUCCCACCUGCCGUCGUAUUGUCUGUGACCCACCCCCAGACAUCCCACAUGGGACACACAAUGGGGGAUCAAUGGAUGCCUUCCCCUAUGCGGCCGUGGUCACCUACACGUGUGAGCCAGGCCGUGUUUUGGCUGGGACAGCCUCCAUCUUCUGCACCACUGUGGAUGAGGAGCACGGUGCAUGGAGCGGGCCGCCACCACUCUGUGAAGAUGUGCAGUGUCCUCCCCCUCCAAGCAUUGCCAAUGGGAAGCACAGCAGCCAGCCCUCAGACACGUUCCUGCCUGGUGUGGCUGUGCAGUACACCUGUAAGGAUGGCUAUUUGCUCAUUGGGAAUGCAUCCAUCACCUGCACUGCUGCAGGAACCUGGAGCCAGCCCCGGCCACGCUGUGAAGCAACAGGCUGCAGAAGACCUGAGAUUGAGAAUGGAAGAGUGAUUGGGCCAGAGUCCGUCUAUAUGCCUGAGGCCAUCGCUGUCUUUGAAUGCAAUUUUGGUUACGCCUUAAAGGGCUCUCAGGAGUCUCAGUGCCAAUUUGGGGGCACAUGGGAUCCUCCUGUUCCCACGUGUGAAAAGAUGCUGCAGUGUCCUUCCCCUCCAAAUAUCACACACGGUCAGUACAGCAGUGAGGAUGUGAAAGUGUUUGUUCCUGGAACCUCUGUGAGGUACAAAUGUGAUCCAGGGUACGUCCUCACGGGGAAAACAGCAGUGACUUGUUUGACAUCUGGAGUGUGGAGCAUCCCUUACCCACGGUGUGAAGUGGUCACCUGCAUCAGUCCUAGCAUUAAGCAUGGAGAAGUUGCUGAAGGGCAGAAAGUUGUCUACCGGCCCGGGACCAUCAUCACCAUCCGGUGCCACCAGGGCUACAUGUUGCGGGGCAGCCAGGAGCCCAGGUGCCAUUCUGAUGGCUACUGGGUCCCCUCUAUCCCCAGCUGCGAGCCAGCGCUGCCUUGCCCUCCACCACCCACCAUUGCCCAUGGCAUACAUGAUGCCGAGCUCGGGGACAACUUCACCAGUGGAAUGUCCGUGAACUACAGCUGCCAGCCCGGCUUCUCCCUGCUUGGGGACCCCUCUGUCCAGUGCCUGGAAGGCAACUGGAGCCUCCCGUACCCACGCUGUGCAGUUGGAUGUGGGACACCAAGAGUGUUACAGUUCGCAGAGCUAAACAAGGAAUACAAGAAUUGGACUGAGUUUCCAGUCGGGACCACAGUGAAAUACAGCUGCCUGCCAGGUUACUCCAGACAUUCACAGAUACCACCCACUAUUACGUGCCUUGAAAAUCAGACGUGGUCUGAACCUAAGAGGUUUUGCAAACGGAGAAGGUGUGAUCAUCCAGGAGAACUAGAAAAUGGCAGAGUUAUUGUUACAACAGAUCUCCUCUUUGGAUCAACUGUGAAUUACACUUGUGAUGAAGGGUACAGGCUAGUUGGAGCUUCUCAGCGACACUGCGUGAUUUCAGGCUCUGGGAUGCGAGUGACAUGGACUGGGGUCAUUCCCGUCUGCCAGAGUAUCGUUUGUGAUCCACCUCCUGACAUCCCGCAUGGAACACACAGUGGGCACUUGAUGAAUGCCUUUCCCUAUGCAGCUGUGGUCACAUACACGUGUGAGCCUGGCCAUGUGCUGGUUGGGACAGCCUCCAUCUUCUGCACCAUGGUGGAUGGGGAGCGUGGUGCCUGGAGCGGACCAGCACCACGCUGUGGAGGGCAGCUUUGUCCUUCCCCACCAGUGAUUGACCAUGGCCAGCAUGAUGGCAUGGACGUGGAGUUUAUCCCUGGAAUGUCUGUAAAUUACAGCUGUGACCCUGGCUAUUCUCUUACUGGAACAGCAGCUCUGUACUGUACUGACAAUGCAAGCUGGAGCAGCCCUCAGCCCCGCUGUGAAGUGUUACAGUGUCCUUCGCCUCCAAAUAUUGAUGGAGGCAAUCAUGACAGCCAGGAUGUGGAAGUUUUCCUUCCUGGGAUGGCUGUAAACUACAGCUGUGAUCCUGGCUACAGCCUGCUGGGGGAGGCAUCCAUUUACUGCACCGAGUCUGGAAACUGGAGCCUGCCCGCUCCUCAGUGUGAAGGUAGCUGUGGUGUUCCUCCAAUACUUAGCUAUGCUGAGCUGGCCAAGGAGCACCAGAACAUGACAGCCUUUCCCGUUGGGAGCACAGUGCGCUACGCCUGCCGCCCAGGAUUCAUGAGACACCCCACAGUGCUGCCAGUUCUGACGUGCCUCAAAAACCACACGUGGUCUGAUGUGCGAGCGUUCUGCAAAAGGAAAGAAUGUAAUUAUCCUGAAGCACCACAGAAUGGCAGAGUUGUUGUUCUGACAGAUCUCCUGUUCAGGGCCAUCGUGAACUACACAUGUGAAGAAGGGUACCGGCUGGUUGGACAGUCCCUCCGGCGCUGUGAGCUCUCUGGAGCAGAUAUGGCAUGGAGUGGUGAUCCUCCCACUUGUCAGAAGGUGGUGUGUCCAGUGCCACAAAUCCAGAAUGGGAGAGUAUCCAUUCCCAAACAGCGCUACAGAUACAAGGACACUGUUAGCUUUCAGUGCCAUGAAGGGUUCAUGCUGAAAGGCCAUUCCACAGCCCAGUGCAAAGCUGACAGAACAUGGGAUCCUCCCGUGCCCGUCUGUGAGCAGGUGGGAAAAUGUCUAUCUCCUCCAAGCAUUAUCAAUGGGGAACACAGUAGUUUCUCAGACACUUUUGGCGUAGGUGCAAUCGUGCACUACCGCUGCAAACCUGGCUUCUUCCUCAUUGGCAAUCAGUCCAUCCGCUGCACACCGCAUGGAGUCUGGAGCCAUCCUCUACCUCGGUGUGAGGCUGGCUGUGUGAGCCCAGCAGUUGGGCAUGGAAAAGCUAUUGGAUUAGAAUCUCUUUACAUGCCUGGAGACGUCAUCACCAUUGAAUGCAACACUGAUAAUAUCUCAAAAGUCCUCCACAAGUCCCAGUGCCGAUCUGGGGGCACAUGGUUUCCUCCACUCCCUGCCUGUGACCGAGGUAAGUGCGUGUCACCCAUCCUUAGCGCCUGUCCCUUCAGAUGCUACAGGGUGAAGUGGGUGCAUGAGGUUGGGCAGUGGGCUCUGUGCAUUAGUGUCAGUGGCGUGGAGGUGCCAUGCACAGGUGCUUGGAGGUUCUCCUCUUGCCUCCAAGAGUGCUUUUUAAUCUGUACUUCUCUCUCCUUAGUGCUGCACUGUUCCAAGCCCCCAGAUAUCCUCCACGGGGGCCACAGUGGCCUGGGAAAAGCAGUUUUCACUCCUGGAACAUCUGUAAACUACAGCUGUGAGACUGGCUUCUCCCUUGUUGGGAUGGCAUCCAUUUACUGUACAGAGUCUGGAGCCUGGAGCCAUCCUUUUCCAGUCUGCCAAGUUGUGAAGUGUCUCCACCCUCCAGCUAUCACCAAUGGGAAGCUCCAAGGCAACACUUCAGACACAUUUUUCUAUGGAGCAUCUGUGUCCUAUAGCUGUGAUUCUGGUUAUUCACUCACUGGGGAUGCUUUCAUCACCUGCACAGCAUCAGGAACCUGGAGCCAUCCUCCUCCUCGAUGCAAAGAGAUCAGUUGUGUAUUCCCAGAAGUUCAAGGUGUUAAGAAAACCACGCCUGGAAAAACGUACAGAAUUGGGACUAACAUCACUCUUGAAUGUGAUGAUGGGUACACGUUGGAAGGCCUCAAUCAGAUUCAGUGUCAGGAGGACUUCAGCUGGGACCCUCCUGUGCCAGCCUGUAAACUCACUUCACCCAGGUCUGGCUCAAUAGGGCUAGGAAUUGCAGCUGCAGUCAUUCUGCUUCUCCUGGGUGUGACCAUUGCCUGGAAAAUUAUCUCUAAGCAGAAGGAAGGCUACUACCGUACAUAUGAAAACUACAAUCACAAAACCUCUCUGGACUAGAUGACAGAACAGAAACGUUCACAUCUUGCAUGGCAGAUCCGCGUCAUUAUUUUAACAGCGCAACGCUAUCUGAGGAAAGCACAAAAGCCCCCCCACAGAGCCGUUUGA